AUGAAAGAUGCAGGCUCAAAGGAGUGGAAGAUUCCGGAGAAGCACCUCACGGACUCCAUGUACGUGCGCGCCUAUGAGAUCCGCAUCGACCUCUUCAGGGCUGUCGUCGUCGUCGGAGCCUCCGGCACUCCCUACCACGACGCGCUCUUCUUCUUUGACAUUGCCUUCCCCUUCGAUUACUCGACCCACCCGCCUGAGGUCCACUACCACUCGUUCAGGCUGAGGCACAACCCGAACCUCUACGCGAGCGGGUAUGUUUGCCUCAGCCUGCUCAACACCUGGCUAGGAAAGGGGAAGGAGAAGUGGGACCCAUCUCAGUCGACGAUCCUACAGGUUCUGGUGUUGAUCCACGGCCUGGUUCUCAACAAGGAGCCCUACUUCAACGAAGUGGGAGCCGGGAACCGAUUUGGAUGCGAGGCGUCUCAGGCCUACAACGAGAAAAUCUUCAUUUUGACUUGCAAAACGACGCUGUAUUUGCUCCGAAGGCCGCCGCUGAAUUUCAAGGCUUUCACCGCCGCGUUCUUAUUUGGGGAGUGGAGCUAA